GUUACUCUUUCGUUUUUUACAAAAUGGCGGACGUGAAGAAAGAACCUGCGACGACGCCAGCAAAAACCUACGGAGAUGUCCUUAUAACGCUCGAAAAUUGUGUCAUUCCUCAAGAGAAAUUGGCCCCCACCCCUUCUGUUCGAGAUGGACUGGAUUCAGAGACUGAGAUGAAUCUACGAGUGCUAGGAUGCGAGUUCAUUCAGACGGCAGGAAUCCUGUUGAGACUGCCGCAGGUUGCCAUGGCAACUGGUCAAGUUCUCUUCCAACGGUUUUACUAUUCCAAGUCGUUUGUCAAGCACAACAUGGAGAUAGUAGCAAUGGCCUGCAUUAACCUCGCCUCAAAAAUUGAGGAAGCACCGCGUCGCAUCCGUGAUGUGAUUAAUGUAUUCCACCACAUUCGGCAAAAGAGAAACAACAGGACGAUUGAGCCCAUGGUCCUAGACCAGAAGUACCUGAAUAUGAAAAACCAGGUCAUCAAGGCAGAACGCCGGGUCCUGAAGGAGCUGGGCUUCUGUGUCCACGUCAAGCACCCGCACAAGAUGAUUGUGACUUACCUGCAAGUGCUGGAGUGCGAACGCAACUCGCAACUUGUGCAGACCGCCUGGAACUACAUGAACGACAGUCUACGCACCGAUGUGUUCGUGAGGUUCAUGCCCGAGACCAUUGCUUGUGCCUGCAUCUUCCUGUCAGCCAGGCAACUCAACGUGGUUCUGCCCAACAACCCUCCGUGGUACGGGCUCCUCGGGACCGAUGAGGCCGAAGUGAAAGAAAUAGCACUGAUGAUCCUCCGACUUUACGCCAGACCAAAGAAAACCUAUGAAGAGCUGGACAGGGUUGUGGAACGGUGCCGCCUGGCCAUGCAGGAGGCCAAAUUUGCCAAGUUAAAGGGGCAGUCGGAGGUCAACAACGCAGCCGGCACGCCGAACAACUUCUCUCCUCACUCUUCCAGACAAGCCUCACCAAAGGUGAGUGCGGACUCGCCUGGCCUUCCUAACUCCUACAAUCCCCACCGCCUGAAGGAGGAGCCAGCAUCAGGAGGCAGCGGCCAGAGCAGCCACAAAGAACGCAAUGGCAAAGUGGCCCGUCGUUCCAAGACCCGCACCUCCAAUAGUCGCAGCCACUCCAAGAGUCCUCGGCGGGGAGGGCAUGGCCGCAGCCGGUCCCACUCCUCACGCAGCCGCAGUAGCAGUGGCAGCCGUAGCCCUAGCCGCUCCCCGCACAAUGACAAGCACUACGGUAGCCACGCCGGUGGCAAGCACCACAAGAAGAAAGACGAGCACAAGCGGAGCCGGCGAGAUCGCGACCGGGAACGGGACCGCGACCACGACCGGGAGCACGACCGCAAGUAUGCCAAGGCCAAGUCGCGGUCGCGCAAGCGUAAGCACAGCCGGUCGUCAUCACGGGAUAACAGCCGGAGCCGCUCACGCAGCCGCUCGCCGAUACGGCGUGACAAGUACGACUACAAGGACAGCCCUGGCCGGAACUCCGGGAGCAAGUCGAAGCAGCGACGACAGCGAUCACACUCCAGGGAGCGUUCACGGAAAGGUGGAAAGAGGGAUUCCGGUGGCCACAGUCGGUCGCGAGACCGGAGGCGGAGGUGAUGACGGGUUGUCUCCACGCAAGAAGUGCCUGAAUGUAUCCAUUUAAAUGUUUCAUUGUGUUAAAAAGUAGCCUUGAUUUUUGGUCCCAUCAAAUGUAAUUAUUUUGGGAUUAAACUUUCCGAAGAAGUCGCUCUCUGUUCAUCAUGCUCCUGGAUGGUCAUACAGAUCAAAGAUUUAAGAAUUCCUUAGCUACCUCUCGCCAUCGCAUUGUCUGCAUUUGUUCUCGUUAACUCUCAUUUUUCAAACUGAUUAAAAAAAAGAAGAGAAAAGAUUAUGCCCUUCCUCCACCCACCAAAUAGCCUGUGACAAUCCCUGGAUUUUUUUCUCAUCUUGCGCUUUUUCCGUGAGGAUGUCCAGGUUGGUGGGGUAGGGGUCAGUCCCUUUAUAAACAAACCAAAUUUGAACUUUAGCAAGUGGUUGCAUUUGCACAUAAAAAACUGGUGAUUUUUUCCCCUUUUUUUAAUCCUUGGGAAGUUGCAGUUUCUGGUUGUCCUAUGUUACAACCAGGCAAAAAAUUGUAUUCUUGUCACAAGUUUUUUAAUAGUUUUAAAAAGCUUUGGGAAAGAUCAUCCUUGAACUAGGUUUUUUUUUUAAUAGCCAGAGAGCAAGAAAAUAGGAAAAAACAGUGACUAUGUAUGAAUUAAUUUCAGACUAACCUCUUGUGGUUAUUGACGGUCGAGAGAAAAGUGUAAAAUGAUCUUAAUACAUAAACAUGUAAUUAGAAUUUGUACUUGGAAUGAUGCCUAUCUGUAAUGAAAGGUUAUAGUUUUUAAAGGGCUACUUUGAUCUCAAGUUCCUAAGGAGGUGUUUCUUUGAUAGGCUAAAUCCUCCUUGUCUCCUGUGUGUGGGGAACUUUAAUUUUGCGCUGGAAUUUGAGCUGUUUAAGGUUACUUUGAAUUUAAAAAGAAAGUUGAGUUUUUUUGGUUUUUCUUUUUUCAUUUUUGUCAACUGUCCAUUUGGAGAAUUGUGGUCGAGGAACAUGGGGUGUGAAUUUUAUUGUGAAGAAUAUGAAGCCUUUUUCUUUCGACCACUGAAGAUGGACCACAAAAUCCAGGUUUAUUUGUGUCUGGCUGUGAAGGGGUUCAAGUACAUGUACUUUGUUUAUUGUAUAAGUGUAAAUGGUUGCACAUUUAGUAUUGUAAAAAAAGUCACAACAAAAAAGGUACUUUGUUAAUAGAAUCCGUUUACUACAUGUGAAAGACCGAGUGUCUAAUGCCUAUUUCAAUUAAAAAAAAGGACAAAUUUGCUAACAAGUUUCA